AUGUCACACAUAUAAGGGAGUCAACUGCAUGGCGGACGCUUAUCUCCUCUAUCAGUUAUUGGGCAUGACGUCAUACGUCAUACAAUCGACAUUGUCCAAUAUAUAUGUGCCCAAGAGUUAGUGUAGGGGCCAGUACUGUUGUAGAAGUCUUGUGUAGUCUGUAAGCGUCAUACAAGGAAGGAAAUCGCCGGGCGGUGACUGUUCGCUUUAUCAGCUCUACCAUGGUGCUGAAGACUUGCCUUCUGCUGUGCGGCCUACUGGGGAGCGUCACCCCCCAUGGAUAUCUCUCCGUCCCCCUUCAACGUUCAAGUAUGUGGCGUGGAGGGUUCGCCGUCCCUGCGAAUUACGACGACAAUGGUUUGCGGUGUGGCGGUCCCACGAGACAGUUUAACAAGAACAGUGGCAGGUGUGGCAUAUGCGGAGACCCCUGGGACGCCACCGACAAGGAGAACGAGGCUGGGGGAAAGUACGCCAGUGGCAUUAUAAGUAAAACCUACAAUGAGGGGGAUCGGAUGGCUGUGGAGGUGGUCAUCACCUCCAACCACAAGGGUUACUUUGAGUUCCGACUGUGUCCACACAACAAUGUCCACACACCGGCGACCCAGGCCUGUCUGGAUCAACACCUGCUACAAGUAGAGGUUAACAGGGUGAUGGCAACCAAGUACCAGCUUGGGACGGGUACCGGCACCUUCCGUAUGAACGUUCUACUACCUCAGGGCGUCACAUGCUCCCAGUGCAUCUUUCAGUGGAAGUAUCGGACAGGCAACAACUGGGGGUGUGAAGGUUCAGACUGUGGUUUAGGCAAGGGUCCUCAAGAACACUUCGUCAACUGUGCCGACAUUGAAAUAACACAAAGCGGGCAACCUCAGACGCAGACUCCGGACCCUUUCCAAACUUCGACCCCCAACCCGACCCCACGUACUACUCCCGUUCCGACGCCAGCUGCCACACUUCAACCAUCGACUGCAGCACCAGCAACAUUGGCUCCAACAACUUCUCCCAGCAACGUCAACUACGACAACUGCCGAGCAAUAGGAGAGUGGACAGGACAGAUUGGAAUGACAAACUGGUGUAAGACAAACUGCGCCCUCGGGAACUGCCCGGCUUCUCAUUGCCUCUGUGGAGCAUCAACCUUGGCUCCAACUUCUCUUUGCCUCUGUGAUGCAUCAACGUUGGCUCCAACUUCCAACUACGACAACUGCCGAGCGAUAGGAGCCUGGACAGGACAGAUUGGAAUGACAAACUGGUGUAAGACAAACUGCGCCCUCGGGAACUGCCCGGCUUCUCGUUGCCUCUGUGGAGCAUCAACGUUGGCUCCAACUUCCAACUACGACAACUGCCGAGCAAUAGGAGAGUGGACAGGACAGAUUGGAAUGACAAACUGGUGUAAGACAAACUGCGCCCUCGGGAACUGCCCGGCUUCUCAUUGCCUCUGUGGAGCAUCAACCUUGGCUCCAACUUCCAACUACGACAACUGCCGAGCGAUAGGAGCCUGGACAGGACAGAUUGGAAUGACAAACUGGUGUAAGACAAACUGCGCCCUCGGGAACUGCCCGGCUUCUCAUUGCCUCUGUGGAGCAUCAACGUUGGCUCCAACUUCCAACUACGACAACUGCCGAGCAAUAGGAGAGUGGACAGGACAGAUUGGAAUGACAAACUGGUGUAAGACGAACUGCGCUCACAAUCCCCCAUUUUGUCCAUCCAGCCGCUGUGACUGCAGUUAGAGAUGCUCUCACACCGAAGCAUGCCAUUAUUAUGUAUUCAAUGCUUAAUGCACUUUCCACCAUAGUCGCACACAGUACAUUCAAGCCGUUAUAAUCCACGCCUACGACCUCCGCCAUUUUGAAAAUUCCGACAAAAAUCUGACGCGGCUUGUCAAAACUUAAAUAUUGUGAAAAAUUAUGUACUCAUCCAUUGAAUUCAGGCGAACGUUUUGCAAUCGAUAAACAUCGUGUUACAUUUGCCCAACGAUGCAUUGACAAGAACCAGGGACAUGCUUCAACAUUUCUUAAUAAACAAUUAGUAGGAAAACAAUACGCGCCCAGCAGGUCGUUUUACAUAUUACCCACUGUGGUCGAAUGACACACCGACAAGAAAUGUGUUUUCACUGUCAUCUUGUAGUGUUGUGGUGACGUCGCGUUAACAAUGCGUGAUGUAAUGAACAAUGGCUGGCGUAAUAUUAUUUUGUACUCAACAAAGCAGCAAGGGCAAGUCAUGGUGCUUGAAAGAUUUACCAACAUUGAAUAUCACUUCUGAGAAGUUAUUACAACCCUCAAUACCUGACGACGGAACUAAAGGGACACAUCUUGAUACUUUGAUAAGAAAAUCGAUAUUUUGUGCUGUGUGUUUUAGAUAACAUUGAAGCUUGGCACAUCAUAAAAGAAAGACAAAAAAGGAACAUGUUCCCAAUACUUUAGAAACAGUGAUUUUUGUAGACGUCUCAGAUAACUUUUGGCCAUUUCUCACACAAUGUUCCCUGUUGGCCAAGGCUGAAAAUAUUAUCUUGUCCCCAUUAACCAGAGGUUGCAGCAUGUCAUAUUCUGAAAUCUGAUAUACAGUCGGUAUGUGGUCCGUCUGAUGACAUUACAUUUUGUCGUGUAGUUUGCCGCUAGACACAACUUGGACUUUUGACCUCCGUGUACCACUGUGACUGCCAUGGCAACCGUGUUAAGCUGAUCUCUCCAGCUCAUGCUUCAUCUCUCCACGUGCAAUGUGUUCACGGAGACAGGGUGUCGGUAUAGAAAUUUAAGUUACUUUUGAUAUAUUCUUGUGCGCAUUUCCUUAAUUAGCACCUUUCAAAGCACUUUUACAUUUGUUUGAUAAAGAAGGGGUAUAUUUGUGAUCACUUAGUACUGGAUGAAUGUCAUCUUCCCAAGGCAAGUUGUCCAAGGUACAGAAAAUCGCCGUGAAGAGUUGCACCCAUUAGCCCUGCCAGGAUACUGUGAUUCUCCACGAUUACGAUCCUUGGCUUGUCAGAACGGGUUUCAACAACGUGGUAAAUGGCUACCAGGCGUUCCAGUCCUUUAAUGCAGUAACAAUAAAUAACAAUAAAUAAAUAACAAUCAAUAAACAGUGAAGACAGGUUAAAUAAAGCCUUCAGGGUCUGAGCUAAACAUGGUGCACUGUGACCAAGUUUUCUGUGGGACAAAUAUGCACCUCGUACGCAUUCUAAUACACACAAGUGCUUUUUUUUUGUUGCGAUGCUUGAAUUAUUAAAUAUAUUUUUCAACUA